UCAGACAUCCCAUCAGUUUUCGUCCUGUUUUUCCUCUCUCACGGCAACGAAAAUGGAGUCAUCGACACUGAUUACUGGAGCGAACAACUCAAUGAUUUCAUUUCCUUCACGACAGAAGACGUUUUCAACUCCCUGAAAAAAUUGGAUGGAUUCGAGAAAUGUUUGAAGAUUGUCAAUUUUGGCCCGUGUAGGGGAGAACUAGAUGACGCAAAAUUCGACCGAAAAAAUGAUUACAAGGACUACGAAAACAAAAAUUCUUGCAGAAUCACGUCGGCUCCUGAAAUGCCAAACACAGUCAUCGUUUAUUCGACAGUCGAGACAACCAUGGCAAACACAAGUGAACUCGGUUCCUGGUUUGUGAACAGUCUCUGUGAUGUUUUGAGCCAGAUCAACGAGGAUAAGCCUUUGUUAUUAUUCCUCACGUCAGUCCAGCACAAAGUGCACAAAACGUCUAUCGCUGGACCGGACUUCGCAACAAACCUUCAUCUUGGUCAGACGCCAGAGAUCAAAAUGUUCUCUUUAGACAGAAGCUUUUUCUUGUCCAGGUAA